AUGUCGGACUCAGACAACCCACAGACCCCUACAAGGAGCCGGUCUUCCCCCGAACUCAUGGGGUCGUCGCUCCAGGCGCCGUCCACGCCUCCUGCAUCCCCUGGAGACGAAGCCGCGUCCGUGUUCAGCCCCAACGAGUCAGUCUUGACUGAUAUCACGGACUAUGGGUGGGAUAGCCCGUCUCGAAACAUCGGAGACGACGACGAAAAGCCGCUCUCAAUUUCGCUACCUACUCCACAAAUAGUCGUUGAGGAUACGUCCCAUCCUACUGGUACCGUUUACGCUGCUGCAGCAGACGGUUGUGGGACCGAACGGCGGGCAUUCGUCGAGGAUGAGAGGGACUCUGCUGCUAGCGGAGCCGCUCAAGAACCCAAUAAUGUUUCCUCCAGGGAAAACGUGAGGCCAAAUGUUGCCGCAACUCAUGACAGCCACGCGAGGGGGUCGGCCCUGACCGCUGAUAACGACAAGCCCGAGCUGCUACUCCCAGGUUCUACCCCGGAUGAUGAUCAUCUACCCAGUGCAUCAGCUUCAGUUACCAGCAGAGACAAGGAGAAGUGGUCGCCGCCGCUGUGUCGUCCAGACUUUACCUUCCAUUCAGCCCCAGAGGGUAUCCCAAAUCGACGAUGUUCGUUCAAAUCUAACCCGGAUGUGAACUUCUUGACCGAUGGCCAAGCGUUCCGAAGCAAACCUAGAGCAAAAAGUACGGGCGCAUCCGACUUUGAUGCCGCGGUGUCAAUCCAGACUUUUCGUGUUUCGAUUGCCCAGUCGCCAGUUCCUACAUUGACGACAGAGAAGACUGACCACGAGGCACCUACUAAGAAGGAUUCGAGUCCGGCAAAACCAAAAAAGAAACAGGAUUUACCCCUGCUAGAGUCAUUGAAAAGGCUAAUACCCCCGUCUUUGAGUGAUGUGCUGGUAGAGGAUAAGCAAAAGUGUGUCGCUACGACUCAAAAGGAUACUCGAUGUCAGUCAAAUGCGCAGACUCCGAACGUCGAGUCAGCGCUGCGUCUUCUGAACGAGGCUUCCUCUUUGAAAGAAGAGUCAUUAAAUCAAACAACCAAAACAUUGUUCUCGCUGCUUCUUUGCGGGACGCACAAGAACGUCGCAGCAAGGUUGUCCAUGCAUUGGCAAUCAAAUAAUUCUCCGGUUGUUGCCAGUGCGCCAGCCCUCGUCCUUCAAGAAUGGCUGAAAGCAGCGCGAGGUUCCUCGAGCCCCAGUACUACCUCACACCCCGGUGACACACCGUCUGUCGAGGUCGUGAUACCUCCAUUUGAGACCAGGUUCAAGACCGCCCUACCAGACUUCGUGGAAUACCACCCUCCAGAUAAGCCACGACCAUCCGUUGCGGAAGAGCUGGAGAGUCUCAUCGUGGCCCCGUUAACCAAGGCCGAUGCUGACCACAGCGGGCACAUCUACAUCUACCAAUGCACGGGCAAGUUCGGAUACUACAAGAUCGGCCUGACGACCGACCUGGCACCGCGACUACAGACCUGGGAGAAACAAUGCGGACGCGAGCUGAUGAGCUACUUCCCACGAUCUGAGGAAGACCUACAGCCCGUCCAGCACAUUUCUCGCGUGGAACGGCUCAUACACGCCGAGCUGGCUGAGCAUCGGAGGAAAGAGGCCCGGUGUCCAGGUACCGGCUGCGGCAAAGCACAUAAGGAAUGGUUCCAAGUAGACGAGCAAUUCGCACUGCGCGUUGUGCGCAAGUGGAUCACGUGGAUGCGGAAUGAGCCGUACGUGCAGAUCAAUGGGGGCUCAACUUGGGUGCUGGACGUGCAUCGCGUUGGGAGCAUUAGGGAGAUUUGUACCCCGUUACCCAAGGAGUUAUUUCUGCAGUCCUCGCUGCAGUCUGCUCUAAGUCUGGCUGUCCCGACAGCUCCAAAAGGGAGGAAGCGCAGCAAAUCGAUGUGCUAGCCGGAACUGUGCCUCAAGACGGCUAUCCUGUUCAAUUAUAUAUAUCGCAAACCCCGGGGCAAACUAUGGCGAUAACGGAAUUGUACUUUAUGAU